CGCCGGCGAAAGCAGGAAGCGAGGUCGGCUCUGGUAGAGACGCCGGGGCAGCGGAGCGAGGAAGAUCUCAAGUAAAUGCCCAACAUGCCUCACCGGACCAUUCAUCUCUUCCGGAAGGGACUUCGGCUCCAUGACAACCCAACUCUGCUGGCUGCACUGGAGUCCUCAGAGGUUGUGUAUCCAGUCUACAUUCUGGAUAGAAAGUCCCUGAUGUCUGAAAUGAAUAUGGGAACUCUACGCUGGCACUUCCUGCUGCAGUCCCUCGAGGAUCUGCAGAGGAACCUAACUAAACUGGGCUCUUGCUUACUGGUUAUUCAAGGAGAAUAUGAGUUGGUUCUUCGAGACCAUAUUAAAAAGUGGAACAUUACCCAGGUGACUCUAGAUGCUGAGAUUGAACCAUUUUACAAAGAGAUGGAGAGGACCAUACAAGUUCUGGGUGGAGAGAUGGGAUUUGAUGUGCUUUCCUUGAGGGGGCACACGCUUUAUGACAUCAGACGGAUUUUGGACAUGAAUGGUGGGACUCCCCCCUUGACAUACAAAAGAUUUCUUCAUAUCCUCUCUGUACUCGGGGACCCUGACAUGCCUGUACGAAACCUUACAACUGAGGAUUUUCAGAGAUGUAAGCCUGUCCCUGAGCUGCACCUGGCUGAAUGUUACAGGGUGCCCCUUCCUGAGGAUUUGGAAAUCUCCCGAGACAGCCAGUCCCCGUGGAGAGGGGGAGAAACUGAAGGACUGCAGCGACUAGAGCAACACUUGAAAAAUCAGGGCUGGAUAGCAAAUUUUACUAAACCAAAAACAAUUCCAAAUUCUCUGCUUCCAAGUACUACAGGACUGAGUCCCUAUUUCAGCUUGGGUUGUUUGUCAGUUCGGAGUUUUUUUUAUAGACUAUCAAACAUUUAUGCUCAGUCAAAAAACCACUCUCUGCCACCAGUGUCACUUCAAGGACAGCUUCUGUGGAGAGAAUUCUUCUAUACAGUGGCAUCAGCAACACCAAACUUUACCAAAAUGGCGGGGAACCCCAUUUGCCUUCAGAUCAACUGGUACCAAGAUGCAGAGAGACUCCACAAGUGGAGAAUGGCUCAGACAGGGUUUCCAUGGAUUGAUGCUAUCAUGACUCAGCUUCAUCAGGAAGGUUGGAUUCACCACCUUGCUCGACAUGCUGUUGCCUGCUUCCUAACUCGAGGAGACCUCUGGAUCAGCUGGGAAGAGGGCAUGAAGGUGUUUGAAGAGAUGCUGUUAGAUGCAGACUACAGCAUCAAUGCAGGAAACUGGAUGUGGCUGUCAGCCAGCGCUUUCUUCCAUCAGUACACACGCAUUUUCUGCCCGGUGCGCUUUGGCAAACGCACAGAUCCAGAAGGGCAAUAUAUCCGAAAAUACCUCCCAGUGCUAACAAAUUUUCCUUCCAAGUACAUCUACGAACCUUGGACAGCACCAGAAGAGGCACAGAAGCAGGCAGGAUGUAUUAUAGGGAGAUAAUUCUGUGAAGUGAUACUCAGUCUUUGACAGAUAAUCAAAAAAAGCUACUGCUUGGCAAACGCCCAUCUUAAUCAACUCUACUGACUUUAAGAGAGCAUUCAACAGUGACCACAGACAGACCCUGUGGAAUAUUGCUAGAAGCUAUGGGAUACCAGACAAAGCUGAUCAACAUAAUAAGGAGUUUAUAUGAAGUAGAUCGGGGUAGGCAACCUACGGCACGGGUGCCGAAGGCAGCAAGCAAGCUGAUUUUCAGUGGCACUCACACUGCCUGGGUUCUGGCCACUGGUCCAGGGGCUCUGCAUUUUAUUUAAUUUUAAAUGAAGCUUCUUAAACAUUUUAAAAACCUUAUUUACUUUACAUACGACAAUAGUUUAGUUGUAUAUUAUAGACUUAUAGAAAGAGACCUUCUCAGAACGUUAAAAUGUAUUACUGGCAUGCGAAACCUUAAAUUAGAGUGAAUGAAUGUAUCAGAGGGGUAGCCGUGUUAGUCUGGAUCUGUAAAAGCAGCAAAGAAUCCUGUGGCACCUUAUAGACUAACAGACGUUUUGGAGCAUGAGCUUUCGUGGGUGAAUACCCACUUCGUCAGAUGCAUGUCAGAGGCAGAGGCACACGACUUCUGAAAGGUUGCUGACCCCUGAAGUAGAUGUUUGGUAAGAUUGGAUACAGCCCUGAGUGAGUGGUUCAGUAUUGUGACAGGAGUUAAACAAGAGUGUGUUAUCCGUAAUCCAUUAGCAGUAGACUAGGUGAUGAAAUGGGCAACAAAAGGCAUCAUGGAUGGUGUAAGAUGGUUAGCAGAGAUGAGUUACACAACCUUGACUUUGCCAAUGACAUUGCUUUACUAAGCAUGACAUGGACCGGAAUGCUUGCCCUUACAUCAGAGUUAGAACAGGAAGCAGCAAAAGAGGGGUUGAAAGUAGAUGCAGAGAAAACCAAGAUUAUGAAGGAAGGAAGCUGGACAACAGAUUCAAGGCUGUAGGCGGGUGAAAAAUAAAUUGAACAGGUAGAAGAGUUCUGCUGUCUGGGGAGUGUGAUGACAUUUGAAGGUGGCUGUAAUACAGAUAUUUAUAUGAGCCUAGGAAAAGCAAACACCACUUCUGGAAGAAUGAACAUCUGGUGAAACAGAGGUUUCUAUGCCAAAAUAAAGAUUACAUUAUACCAUGCAGUGGUACUAAGCAUGCUGCUGUAUGGGGCAGAGAAUUGGACAAUGACAGUGACUAAAAAAGGAGAUUGGAGGCUGCCCAUCACAGAUGGCUGAGCAUGAUAUUACACAUUUCAUAGAAAGACAAAAUAAUAAAUGUAAGAGCAAAUGUGCCGACAGGACAGGACAUAUUAGAAAAUACCAUGAAAGAAAGAAGGUUCAGGUGGUUGGGACAUGUAUACCAUAUGGAAGAUGGGAGGUGCACUAAGCAAGCAUUGAAUUAGGUACUCAUGGGAGGAAGAAGAAAGGAAAGCCAAGAAAGAACAGUGAUGGAGAAUACUGAAUGUGCAGGCAUCACCUGGGAGGAAGUACCACAACUCGCAAGCAACCAUAGUUAGUGGAGGAACUGGACUUCAUGAUGUGUCAGAGACACAGGAGGAACUAAGAUCUAAGUGUGACGGUUCUUGUGGUACACAGGACUAUGAGUCAUCUUGUUACACCUCUGCCUCCAGGGUAAAGGAGACUUGCUGGAGCUUAACUGGGUGUCAGCUCCCUGACAUCAUCAGCCUGUUUGCCAGCUAACCACUUUCUUCUGGGCAGUGCCAGCCCUGACUUUGCCUUGCAGGUUAACAACAGGUGCCCUCCAGUCUCCAGGCCCCUUUGACACGUUUCCCUAUAGUGUUCUGCCCCUUAUCCCCUGAACACUCACCAAAUCACCAGGUCUGCUGUCUCCAAGGGAACAGUGCACACGCCAGCUUGUGUGAUUCAACACAGGAUCAGCACCUGGCUCAAUAUCACAGCACUGAGAUACACUGAUAGUGCAAACAAGGAUGCGUGUAUUACCAAAGACUCAAGAUUCAAGAGAUAGUGAGUAAGGAUAAUGGAAACAAAAAGUGAUGUAUAAAACAAAAUAAUCACAUAUUUUUUAGAGACUAAACUUACUAGGCUAACCUCCUGUCUAAAAAUGUUGACCUCCCCUCCGAAAAGUUAAAGUCACGGGGGCAGCAUUUCAAUGGAGGUUAGUUUUGAUCCCAUUUUCAUUAAAGUAAACAUACUGCACAUUUACUUCCUUGGUGUAGGAUAAUGAGCUGUCUUUUUUGUUUCCCAGAUAAAGUCCAGUGAACCCUUGAUAUGUAUCUCAAGAUAAUCCUCUGCUGUGUUUCUCUACCUGUUAGUUCCUUUCUGAAAUUCUUACAAUUCUUCAUCUGCGUUCAGCUUAGACAGGUGAUGGGAGACCCAUUGUGAGUGAGACAAUACUUAAUGUACAUUUCAACAGAGGUAUGGGUGAAUAAACAACCCUUGUCUGACAGAAAACCUGUUUGUCAACUCUGCCUUGAUACAGACUUUAAAACAUAUAUUCAGGAUAUAUAUAUCUAACUCCUUAUAUAGUAUCCUUAUCCUUACGCCGGCUUUCAUUUAAGACCUCACACAACAUUCAUUGGUGAACCAGAAUGUACAUACCGAGAAUCAGGAUAUUUUUGUAAUCCCCUUGCCACUUGACAUCAAGAAGCUCUUGGUCACACUAAGGUCUUCUUAUUUCUGGUUAUCUUGCCCUCAUGUAGAGACUAGCAGAAAACGCAGACUGAAGUGGUGCAUACACCCUUGGUACAGGGGUGAAUUUAAUUCCCUGCUUUCCAGGCUUACCAUUUUGUAUUCAGUUGAAGAGUAAAAAAGAAAAAGGCAUGAAUACUUUAAUUUCUGGUGCAAAUCCUUUUGAAAAAAUAGUGUUUAAAUAAAUCACAUUUGUAGAAAUGGCUGCCCAUAUUU